AUGGCAGAAAACACAAGUCCAGCUAUCACUAUGACUUGUGAGGUUUGUUCAGAGUAUUACACUGACCCCCUCAUGCUUCCCUGUCUUCACUCAUUCUGUAAGAAGUGUCUAAUAAAAGCUAAAGAGAAGCAAGGUAGUGCUGAUACCUCAUUAAAGUGUCCAACGUGUGACACUAGCGUUAAUUUACCUGAUGGUAAAAUUAAAGGCCUCACUCAAAACCUUUGGUUUGCACAUAAAUCAAAAGAGGCUUCGAUCAAAAAGAAAAUUCUCAGCAAGGAAGCAAUAUCGUGUGAUGAAUGUGAUGAUUCCAGUGAUGCAGCUGUUGUGUAUUGCUGUGAUUGUGGGCAGUUUCUGUGUGAUCUUUGCAAGAAAGUUCAUAAGCGAAACAAGAAAAAAGCCAAUCACAAGUUGAUUGGUCUAGAAACAAAGGAAUCCGUCAAACUGCCUACUAUUAAGCAUGAAGAGGGGUAUUGUGAUCGGCAUACAGAUCAAAAGCUGAUAUACUAUUGUCAUGAUUGCGAGAAAUUAGUCUGUCCUAACUGCCUACCUAUCAAACACAAGGAUCACAAUAUAGAAGAUUACAUUGACGUAGGAGAAACAGCACGUAAAGCAUUAAAGGAAAGUGUUGCUAGUUGUGAUGGAGUCAUUCCUCCAGUCACUGAAGCUAUUGCUAAUGGAGAGAAGAUGCUAGAGCAGAUAGCAACACGUAAAGAAGAAGUAAGGCAGGAAAUCAAGGAAACGUUUGAAAAGCUUAAAGCUGCUUUAGAUAAGAGAUGCAAUGAUCUACUAAUGGAGACAGAAGAGAUUGCUAGGGCUAAGAGGAAUUCUGUCGAGAAGCAGUUGGACGGGUUUUGUAAACUGGUAAAACAGGUUUCUCAUGGUCGUUAUCUUGCAUCAUCAGUGAGUGAGCGUACUGAUCCAGGUGAAGUUCUCAGUGUUAAGAAGCUAAUCACCAAUCAACUAGAGGAAUGCAUUGAAGAGUAUAAGAAGCUACCUCUAGAAAUAGAAGACAAAAAAGUAGUCUUAGCAUGUCUUAAUACUGCAGCUAUUAGUGAUGAAAUUCGUAAAUUUGGCAGUAUUUUUGAAGCUGAUCCAGCUUCAUACUCCAUUGAUAGUGGGUUAGCUAUUCCAUUGGCAACAGUAAAGAAAGAAAGGAAAUUCAAAGUGUCUCUACCAGCAGGCAUUGAUAAAGCAGCGAGCUAUUUGAAGGGUUCCUUUAUCAAAAGUGAUGGUAGUAAAGAGGAGGGUAGAGUUGUUAUAGUUAAUGAUAAGAACACAGCCAUUGUAUCAUGCACACCUCAAAGUAUUGGUGGAUAUGAACUAUCAGUGACUAUAAGAGGUCACCAUAUUAAAGGUAGUCCUUAUCAACUGUCAGUAAAAGCAUCAAGAGACUAUACCACACUAACUAACCAGAGAUCCUUUUAUGUGGGGAGCGGUACUGCUUGUGUUGCUGUUCAUACUAAUGGUGAAGUAUAUGCUAGUAGUUAUGAUGAUGGGUUUGUUCAG